GGAUUAAAGGGAUGCACCACCACCGCCCAGCCCUCAUGUGCGCACUUAAUUUUAAAAAUAAAGAAAAGUGUCUGGGGGAGGGGCACAAGUGUGCGGGUCAGAAGACAAGUUUGUUGAAGAACCAGCGUGUUCUCACCUUUCACCAACAUGUAGGUUCCGAGGAUAGAGCUCGGGUUAGCAAGUUUGUAUAGCAAAUACUUUACCCACUGAGCCAUCUUGCUGACCCCAUAAACAUGGUGAUUCUGUUUUUGAGACGGUCUCAUGUAACCCUGGCUGUAUCCUUGAAUAUAGACCAGGCUGUCCUUGAACUCAGAGUUCCACCUACCUCUGCCUCACAAGUUUGGCCAUUCCUUUUCUGGACCAAAAUAAUAAGCACCACCAAUCUUAGAAUUAGGCGUAUAUUUCCAAGUGCUGGGACUAAAGGUGUGCAUCAACACACAUGACCUGUGUGUGGGCACAUAUGUGUGCUAUGGUGUGCACACUCGUCUCUCCCACCAUGCUGGCUCCAGGGGAUUGACAGGCCAUCAGGCCUGGUGACAGACUUACCUGUUGAACCAUCUCACUGGCCUAAGUUAAAGAAUGUGACAUUUGCUAACAUGGGAAGUUUGGAAAGCCCUAGACCAUGAACUAUGCUCAGUGUCACCGGGAUGCAGAAGGCCCUUGGUUCCUCCUAUGCCUUGCCUUCUGCAUCAGCAUCUGUACUUGAGUGAGUUUAAGGUCUGGCUGAAGAACCAGGGUUUGGCCCAGGCAAAGGGCAGUGCUGGGAUGUAGCGCCUGUACUACAGGACGGUACCGGGAACUAGGCUGGAGUUUUAAAAACAUACCCACACAGACAGAGACACAGGGACAGGAACAUGGGUCAUCCUUGAAACAAGAAUGCCCCCUUUCUUGUGUACCAGGGCAGCUUAUGUAGGGAUCCUUAACUGAUAGCCACGCCCCAGCCAAACCCACCAGAAACCACUCCCCUGCCAUCAGGAACUCCUGAGGGUCUGGGGGUCCACAGCCUCCAACACUGGGACAAGCUCUUCCUUGUGAUUGGGUGAAGCCCUGCUGUCCCGUGUCCCCGAGUCCUCUCUGCACCUAUUACUUCUGCUCUAGCAGAUUCAGGCAGACUUCAUUUCUGAUCUGGGGAUGGAACCGAAGCCUCACACAUGACAAGCACGUGCUGAGCUGAGCCGCAUCCCCGUCCUCUGCUUUGCUUUCUUAUGGGUAAGAUCCCACGUUUGAAGCUCUUUCUUUACCCAAGCCUAAUUUCCUAUUCUGUUAAAUCGCUCGACUUUGUUCUAAUGGCUUCCUGCUUGCUGCAGGCACAAUUACAAGGAAACCAAACUUCCUCACAGCAAAUGCACAUGCACGUGUUCUAAAAUGAGAGCAGAUCCACUCUGGCACAGGAAAAGUCCUGAGUCUUUAAUUAAGGGGCUAAAUCCAACCUCACGAAUGUUUCUUUGAGAACUGAUUGCUCCGGCUCGUGCGUCACGGCAUGAGUGGAGAGGCAUGCAAGUUUUCAGUGGACGUGUGCAGGCCCCCAAACAGCUGGCACCGGAGCUUAAAAUACCAGGGCUCCAGAGAAAGACCCCAUCCGCGGAGCACUGACCUGAGGACAGCCGAAGAGGAUGGGUGGCCGCAGAGCCAGAGGCCAGUGGCUGUUGGCCUUCGGGCUGCUGCUGCUGCUGCUGUGGGGGGCUGCGGCCACCGCCCUUCCGCUGGAGCGUGGUCUCACCGGCCAGGACAGUGGGGAAGCUGCGGAAGGGAAGAGGGCCGGCCUCCUGACUUUCCUUGCCUGGUGGCACGGGUGGACCUCCCAAGCCAGCUCCAGCGCCCUUGUCGGAGGGGAUACCAGCGAGGUGUCUAGGCGACAGGAAAGCCCACCUCUCCAGCAGCCCCCACGCCGGGAUAAAAAGCCCUGCAAGAACUUCUUCUGGAAAACCUUCUCCUCUUGCAAAUAACCCCGCCCUGGCCAUCCCAUGAAAUGCACCCAUAGUCUGAAUAAAGAGUGUCAGGCAGCA